AUGGACAUCCUGGCGACAGUCCUGCAGUCCUACAGUCCCACCACUCUGCCCAAGAACAUGAAAGCAGAGAGCAUGCUGGAGUUCCUGCGUACCUUCACCCACAUGGAUCAGAUGUCUUCCUGGUUGGAGGCAGUCGCACGAGAUGAAGUGCCCUGCACCCCGGCAUUGCUGUUUCACUACUGCAUCAAGGGCUUCCCCGGCUUCAACCAGUGCCAGCAGCAGUACUUCUAUCCCACAGGAUUGAACUACAACUUGACCAGACAUGUCAAUGAAACAGUCUCGAUUGUGUGCGAUGCUUUGAUCCUGGCAAGAGCGUUCCCGACCAGCCUCUCGAAUCCGACCGUUGCCCCACCCACGCGCCGGGAAACAGUUGAGCAGUUUCUGGAUCAGUACUUUGGGCAUGGUUGGUCGAACUGGUACGUGCCGUACGGUUACACCCCAGACUACACAAAAGCGGAGUACCACACCAGUGAGUUCAGUGUCGUGCGGGCGGAGAUCGACAACUUCAGCAACUUGCCAUGA